AUGGGUCAGUUGCAGAAGGAGCUAACCUCUACUAAGCAUGAGUGUUCAACACUGAGAGCACAGGUGGAAGAACUGAGAUCUCAGCUGGAGUUCCAGCAGCAGUACCUGGCUGAACGUGAUGAGGAGCAUGGGUCACAAAAGAAAGAAAUUGAGAAGGGGGAAGAAAUGGCAUCUAAAGUGUCCGAACUGAACAAAGUGAUACUUGAACUGGAUAAGGUCAGGCACUGCUUCUCCGAGCUGCAGAGGGAGCACGACAAUUUGAAGAUGAAGCACAGGGAAUUGAAUGAAGAAAAGGACAAUGUGGAGAAUACCUGUUCUGGUCUAGGUGAGCAGAUCGAGGACUUGAAGACCCAGAUUUCUUACAUCCAGGCUGACCAUUACACACAGAUGCAGAAUGUGAAGACACAGGCUCAAACCAUGCAGGACAGUUAUAACAAACUGGAGGCAGAACACAAGAGUGCCUGUGACAAACUGUUGUUAGGAGACGGCCGUAUGACAGACCUGCAGGAGAAGCUGCAGGUGCUUGAACAGGAGAGGGAGGUCCUGGGGAAGAGACUGGAUCACUCUGAGAACACCAUUAAGCAGUUGCAGGAGACACACAGCUCUCAGGAUGUGACUAUAGAGAAGUUAAAGGCGACUUUGGCAGAGAAAGAAGAGGCUCUUGAUCUUCUCACUCGGGAGUUCGAAGCUAAGACUGCCACUCUCAACCACCAGGACAACCAACUCAAAGAUACACAAAGUGUCUGGGCGGAGCAGGAGAAAAAGCUUAGGGCCAGCUUGCAGGAGAAGAGUGAUGAGAUGGUGGCCAUGGGUCAGCAGCUUAGUCAGGUGGAGAAGGAACUGGAUGAGCUGAAGGAAGAGCACACAAGGCUUCUGGACCAGACACAACAGAACCAGGACCUCCAGACAAGAAAGGGAGGAGAAAUAGACACACUUAAAUCCAGGUUGACAGAUCAACAGGCUGAGAUGGCCAGGUUGGGAGAGAAGCUGUCUGAAACUGAGGCCAACUUUGAGACUCUGAAAUCACAACCACGGUCACCAGAAAGAACAGCAUGA